CGGCUUCUACUCUCUCCCUGCCUCCUACUUUGAUCUCUCCUUAUAUUCUUCUCCGAUCGUAUUAUACAGCGUAAGCGCGAUUCCUUUUUGUUUAUUCUCUUCUCCCACUUCAGAGUCUCUCUCGAUUCAAACCAGAUUUCAAAGAUCUUUCUUCAAUUUAAUUAAUGGCUUCCAUUAAUUUGACCGCCACGCUUCCUCUUACUCGCUUUUCUGUCGCUUCUUCCCUUUUCAUUCACCAACUCCACCAAUGCCAUUCUGGGCAUUCCCAGCUCGCGUCUUCCCUCCUUAAACGACGACGUUUCCCCAUGGCUCUCGGGUCAUCUGGCCCCCGCAUCAAUUCUGUUCCAGUACGGAUCAAUACCUUACCUCGUAGGAAUGGAACAUACAGAGUGGCUGAUUUCAUGACGAAGAAGGAAAACUUGCACGUUGUGAAAAUCACCACCACUGUUGAGGAAGCGUUGGAGGCUCUCGUUAAUAACAGGAUCAGUGGUCUUCCCGUAAUCGAUGAUGAAUGGAAUUUGGUUGGCGUUGUCUCAGAUUAUGACUUGUUAGCAAUCGAUUCAAUAUCAGGUGGCAGUCAAUGUGAAACAAACAUGUUUCCUGAUGUGGACAGUUCUUGGAAAACAUUCAAUGAGAUACAAAAGCUUCUUAGUAAGACAAAUGGCAAAGUUGUGGGGGACUUAAUGACGCCAACCCCACUUGUUGUUCAUAAAUCCACUAAUCUGGAAGAUGCUGCCAGGUUGUUGCUUGAAACAAAAUAUCGCCGAUUACCUGUAGUAGAUGAAGAUGGCAAACUGGUUGGACUUAUUACAAGGGGGAACAUCGUAAGAGCAGCUUUACAAUCAAAACGUGCUAGUGAGAGUGAUGAGAAGCCCAUGUAGUGGUUUCAGGAGUGUCGUUUGAGCAAAUCUGUGGAUAAGGCUGAGAGUCCAUUGGUGGAGCUGAAGGCAACUUUUGAUGUUCUUUACUGACCUUUCAAUGGGCUACUUCUACGAUUUAGCGGAAGGUGGGGAUUGAUCGAUCUGCUUCCUUGAUACACAAUGUUGACAAGUUACACGGGCUUUUUACGAUAUUUUGGGU